AUUUUCCCCUGCAGUUCUAAAUGGCCUGAAAUAUCUCUCUGCAAAUGGACCGCGUUUUUCUCUUCGCUCUCUUCAGUCUCUUCCUCGUAUCCUCUGCGGUGGAUGUUAUCGACGGUGGUGGCGAUGACCCACUGAUCCGUCAAGUGGUUUCGGAAGGAGAGGAUCUUCUCCUACAUGCCGAGCGUCAUUUCUCGACGUUCAAGGUCAGGUUUGGUAAGAGCUAUGGCAGCCAAGAGGAGCACGACUACAGAUUCGGCGUGUUCAAGUCCAACCUGCGCCGAGCAAAGCGACACCAGAAGCUGGACCCUGGCGCCUUACACGGCGUCACCAAGUUCUCUGAUCUCACUCCGGCCGAAUUCCGCAGAAAUUUUCUCGGACUGAAGCGUCUCCGGCUCCCGGCUGACGCUCACAAUGCUCCGAUCCUUCCCACCAACGAUCUCCCCACAGAAUUCGACUGGCGCGAUCACGGUGCCGUCACGGGGGUCAAAGACCAGGGUGCGUGUGGAUCGUGCUGGUCGUUUAGUACAACAGGGGCGUUGGAAGGAGCUCAUUAUUUGGAGACUGGGGAGCUAGUGAGCCUGAGUGAGCAACAGCUUGUGGACUGCGACCAUGAGUGUGAUCCUGAAGAAUAUGGUGCAUGUGACUCGGGGUGUAGUGGCGGGCUGAUGACCUCUGCAUUUGAGUACACCCUCAAGGCAGGUGGACUAGAGAGAGAGAAGGACUAUCCUUACACUGGGACUGAUCGUGGGCCCUGCAAAUUUGACAAAAGCAAAAUUGUUGCUUCUGUAUCUAACUUCAGCGUUGUUUCAAUCGAUGAGGAUCAAAUUGCUGCAAAUUUGGUGAAGAAUGGCCCUCUUGCAAUUGGCAUCAAUGCAGUUUUCAUGCAGACAUAUGUUGGGAAAGUCUCAUGCCCCUACAUCUGCUCCAAGCAUUUGGAUCACGGGGUGCUUCUGGUGGGUUUCGGGUCUGCCGGUUAUGCUCCAAUCCGGUUCAAGGAGAAGCCAUACUGGAUCAUAAAGAACUCUUGGGGAGAAAAUUGGGGUGAGAAUGGAUAUUACAAGAUCUGCAGGGGCCAUAAUGCAUGUGGAGUGGAUUCCAUGGUUUCAACUGUGGCUGCUAUACAUACGACCACUGAGUAAAUUAAGAAGUUUCAUGGCUGCACUGGGUUUAGGCGAGUAGAGCAGCUGUAAAUAUAAAAAGAUAAUAUGCAUUAAGACAUGGAGAUCCUAGACUUUUAUUAGCUCUUGAUGCUUCCUUAACUUGUCUAGGCAGAUGGUUGUCUUGCACUUGUCUGGUUAUUAACUUAUUUGCAAGUUUAAAUCAAGAUUGUCCAUUUUAGGACUGUGUUUAUA